CUUUAUAUCGAGUUGCAAGGGGUCCAUCUCUCCCGAGAAGGUACCCUGAGCAUCAUGUUGGUGUAUUUGGAAGCGCUUCACAGCGUUUAUAUAGUGGACGUCCAAACCCUCGGCGUCAUGGCUUUCUCGACGCCCGCCAGUUCGGACGGUUCCACCACCCUCAAGACUAUCCUCGAGUCCCCCAACACACCCAAAGUCUGCUUCGACGUCUGGUAUGGCGCAGACGCGUUGUACCACCACUAUCAGCUCUCCCUCCAGGGCAUCGAGGACCUUCAGCUGAUGGAGUACGUCGCCUCACAGGGCUGGCUUCGCGGGCAAGGGAAGUUACAGCGGCUCGGGGCGUGCAUCACCGCCGACGCGGGCCUGACCGUGGCCGAGGACCGUCGCUGGCUGGAACUGAUGGACCACGGCCGCUCCGGUUCCUUCGACUUCAGCCCGGCCGGGGGUUACCACAUCCUGCAUCACCGGCCGCUCGACCCAAUGUACCUGCGCUGCUGUGCGGCCUCCCUCGUCCACCUCCCCAAGCUGCGCAGCCGGUAU